GGGCGGGGGGCGCCGGGCCAGGACGCGCGAUGGGCUUCUCGCUCUGCUGUUGUUGCUGCUGCGGGCCAGGAGAAGAUGAGCGAGAUCGUGUCCAGAAGAAAACCUUCACCAAAUGGGUCAACAAGCACCUUAUCAAGCACUGGCGAGCAGAGGCGCAGCGCCAUGUCAACGACCUGUACGAGGACCUGCGGGAUGGGCACAACCUCAUCUCGCUGCUGGAGGUGCUGUCGGGUGACACACUGCCCCGGGAGCGCGACGUCCUCCGGACCUUGCGGUUGCCCCGGGAGAAAGGCCGGAUGCGCUUCCACAAGCUGCAGAAUGUCCAGAUUGCCCUGAACUACCUGAAGCAUCGGCAGGUGAAGCUGGUGAACAUCCGGAACGAUGACAUCGCCGAUGGCAACCCCAAGCUCACACUGGGGCUCAUCUGGACCAUCAUCCUCCACUUCCAGAUCUCAGACAUCCAGGUGACGGGGCAGUCAGAGGACAUGACAGCCAAGGAGAAGCUGCUGCUGUGGUCACAGCGGAUGGUGGAGGAUUACCAGGGCCUCCGCUGUGACAACUUCACCACCAGCUGGCGGGACGGGCGCCUCUUCAAUGCCAUCAUCCACCGGCACAGGCCAAUGCUGAUCGACAUGAGCCGGGUGUACCGCCAGAGCAACCUGGAGAACCUGGACCAGGCCUUCACCGUGGCCGAGCGGGAUCUGGGGGUGACACGGCUGCUGGACCCCGAAGACGUGGAUGUGGCACAGCCAGACGAGAAGUCCAUCAUCACCUACGUGUCCUCGUUGUACGAUGCCAUGCCGCGCGUGCCCGAGGUGCAGGAUGGUGUCAAGGCCAACGAGCUGCAGCUGCGCUGGCAGGAGUACUAUGAGGUGGUGACGGGACUGCUGCAGUGGAGCCGGCAGCACUCGGCACUCUUCGAGGAGCGUCGCCUCCCUGCCAGCUACGAGGAGAUUGAGAUCCUCUGGCGCCAGUUCCAGUUCAAGGAGACGGAGCUGCCGGCUCGGGAGGCUGACAAGAACCGCUCCAAAGCCAUCUUCCAGGCUCUGGAGGGUACCAGCCAAGGGCUGGGGAGGGGCUUGGAGGGCGCGGUGCAGUCGGGACAGCUGAAGGUGCCCCCCGGGUACCACCUGGACGUGGAGAAGGAGUGGGGGCGGCUGCACGUUGCUGUGCUGGAGCGGGAGAAGCUGCUGCGGGCAGAGUUCGAGAGGCUGGAGCGGCUGCAGCGCGUGGUCACCAAGCUGCAGAUGGAGUCAGGGCUCUGUGAGGAGCAGCUGAACCAGGCAGAUGCUCUGCUGCAGGCGGACGUGCGGCUGCUGGCGGCUGGGAAGGCACCACAGAAGGCGGCAGAGGUGGAGCGGGACCUGGACAAGGCGGAUGCCAUGAUCCGGCUGCUCUUCAAUGAUGUCCAGAGCCUCAAGGAUGGGCGGCAUCCCCAGGGCGAGCAGAUGUACCGUCGCGUGUACCGCCUGCACGAGCGCCUGGUGUCCAUCCGCACUGAGUACAACCUGCGGCUCAAGUCGGGGGCGCCGGCGACAGCAGUGACGGCCGUAUCCGUGGCAUCAGGGCAGCGGCGGCCAGAGCCGGACGAGGCUCCGCUGCGGUACCUGCAGGAGCUGCUGGCCUGGGUGGAGGAGAACCAGCGGCGUGUGGCCACAGCUGAGUGGGGCGCGGACCUGCCCACCGUGGAGACCCACCUGGGCGCCCACCGCGGGCUGCACUGUGCCAUCGAGGAGUUCCGUGCCAAGGUGGAGCGGGCACGGGCUGAUGAGACCCAGCUGUCCCCUGGCCCGCGCGGCGCGUACCGGGAAUGCCUGGGCAAGCUGGAACUGCAGUACGCCAAGCUGCUGAACUCCUCCAAGUCGCGGCUGCGGCACCUGGAGAGUCUCCAUGGCUUCGUCAGUGCUGCCACCAAAGAGCUGCUGUGGCUGAGCGAGCGCGAGGAGGAGGAGGUGGCCUUUGACUGGAGCCACAACAACCCCGCCAUGGCUGCCAAGAAGGAGAGUUACUCGGCGCUGAUGCGGGAGCUGGAGCUGCGGGAGCGGCGGAUCCAGGAGCUGCGGAGCUCAGGGGAGCGGCUGCUGCGUGAGGAGCACCCCGGCGUGCAGACACUGGAGGCGUUCCUGGCAGCGCUGCAGACCCAGUGGAGCUGGAUGCUCCAGCUCUGCUGCUGCAUCGAGACCCACCUGAAGGAGAACACCAACUACUUCCAGUUCUUCACCGAGGUGCGGGAGGCCGAGGAGCUGCUGCGAAAGACGGAGGAGACGAUGCGGCGCAAGUUCAGCUGCGACCGCGGCACCACGGCCACACGCCUUGAGGACCUGCUGCAGGACCUUGCGGAGCAGAAGGAGCAGCUGGCAGAGUUGGGGGUGCAGCUUGGGGGUCUCUCCCGCCGCGCCAGGACCAUCGUGCAGCUGAAGCCACGCAGCCCCUCGACACCCCUGCAGGGCCGCCCCCCCAUCCAGGCCGUCUGCGACUACAAGCAAAUGGAGGUGACGGUGCACAAGAACGACACCUGUGCCCUGGUGAGCCACGCGCAGCCACAGCAAUGGCGGGUGCUGAGCGCCAGCGGCAGUGAGGCCGUCGUCCCUUCGGUCUGCUUCCUCCUGCCGCCCCCCAACAAGGAGGCUCUGGAUGCAGUGCACAGGCUCGAGACCACGCACCAGCAGCUGCUGGGGCUGUGGCAGCAGCUGCACCAGGACCUGCGCAGCCUCCGUGCCUGGCAGUACCUGACCCGGGACAUCCAGCAGAUUCAGUCCUGGACGCACAUCACGUUCCGCACGCUGCCGGCCGAGGAGGUGCGUCAGGUCCUGCGCAGCCUGGAGAGCCACUACCAGGAGUUCCUGCGGGACAGCCAGGACGCCCAGAGCUUCCAGCCCGACGACCGGCUGCAGGUGGAGCGCGACUACAACGCCUGCACUCACAAAUACGAGCUGCUGCUGCGUAGCCAGGAGAAAGGAGAGCAGGACGAGUCUCUUUGCAAGAGCUACAUCUCGCAGCUGAAGGACAUCCGGCUGCAGCUGGAGAGCUGCGAGAGCCGCACCGUGCACCGCCUGCGCCUGCCCCUCGAGGCCGACCCCCUGCGGGAGUGUGCCCAGCGCCAGGCCGAGCAGCAGCAAACCCACCUGGAGCUGGAGGGCAUCCAGAAGAACCUGGCCAAGGUCAGCGAGAAGACGGAGCAGGUGCUGGCGCAGCCAGAGCAGGCGGGCUCAGCCCCUGUGCUGCGCUCCGAGCUGGAGGUCACCCUGCGGAAGAUGGAGCAGGUGUACAGCCUCUCCAGCAUCUACCUGGAGAAGCUGAAGACCAUCGGGCUGGUGAUCCGGAGCACGCAGGGGGCUGAGGAGCUGCUCCGCAAGUACGAGGAGCAGCUGAAGGACGUGCAGGCAGUGCCGGCUGACCUGGCUGAGCUGGAGGCCAGCAAGGCCGAGCUGAAGCGGCUGCGGGCACAGGCCGAGGGGCACCAGCCCUUCUUCAGCACGCUGGAGACUGACCUGGGCAAGGCCAAGGAUGUCAAUGAGCGGAUGGUCCGCGGCCACAGCGAGCGGGACGUGGACCUGGAGCGGUACCGGGAGCGGGUGCAGCAGCUGCUGGAGCGCUGGCAGGCAGUGCUGGGCCAGGCUGACCUGCGCCAGCGCGAGCUGGACCAGCUGGGCCGCCAGCUGCGCUACUACCGGCAGAGCUGCGACACGCUGCGCCAGUGGAUCCGCGAUGCCCGGCAGCGCCAGGAGGCCAUCCAGGCCGUGCCCAUCACCGACAGCCAGACCGUGCGCGAGCAGCUGCUGCAGGAGAAGAAACUGCUGGAGGAAUGUGAGCAGCACAAGGAGAAGGUGGAGGAGUGCCAGCGCUAUGCCAAGCAGUACAUCGACGCCAUCAAGGACUAUGAGCUGCAGCUGGUGAGCUUCAAGGCACAGGUGGAGCCGAUGGCAUCGCCGGCCAAGAAGCCCAAAGUGCAGUCGGCGUCUGACAGCAUCAUCCAGGAGUACGUGGACCUGCGGACGCAGUUCAGCGAGCUGACCACGCUCACCACCCAGUACAUCAAGUUCAUCACUGAGACACUGCGGCGGCUGGAGGAGGAGGAGAAAGCCGCCGAGAAGCUGAAGGAGGAGGAGAGGAAGCGGCUGGCGGAGGUGGAGGCGCAGCUGGAGAAGCAGCGGCAGCUGGCCGAGGCCCACGCCAAAGCCAAGGCACAGGCAGAGGCGGAGGCACGGGAGCUGCAGCUCCGCAUGCAGGAGGAGGUCACCCGGCGGGAGGUGGUGGCCGUGGAUGCCGAGCAGCAGAAGCAGAACAUCCAGCAGGAGCUGAUGCAGCUGCGGCAGAACUCAGACCACCAGAUCAAGUCCAAGGAGAAGCUGAUCGAGGAGGCUGAAUACAACCGCAAGAAAGUGGAGGAGGAGAUCCGCCUCAUCCGCCUCCAGCUGGAGAGCACUGAGAAGCAGCGGGAGGGUGCAGAGACGGAGCUGCAGGAGCUGCGGGCACGUGCUGAAGAGGCUGAGCGGCAGAAGCGCCAGGCACAGGAGGAGGCCGAGCGCCUGCGCCGGCAGGUGAAGGAGGAGAGCCAGAAGAAGCGGGAGGCGGAGGAGGAGCUGAAGCGCAAGGUGCAGGCUGAGCGCGAAGCGGCACGGGAGAAGCAGAAGGCAGUGGCGGACCUGGAGCAGCUGCGGCUUCAGGCGGAGGAGGCUGAGCGACGCAUGCGGCAGGCAGAGGCCGAGAAGGAGCGGCAGAUCCAGGUGGCCCAGGAGGUGGCCCAGCGCAGUGCUGAGGCUGAGCUGCAGAGCAAGAGGCUCUCUUUUGCCGAGAAGACGGCGCAGCUGGAGCUGUCACUGCAGCAGGAGCAUGAUGUGGUGGCCCAACUGCAGGAGGAGGCUGAGCGGCUGAAGAAGCAGCAGCUGGAGGCUGAGCGCUCGCGGGAGGAGGCUGAGAAGGAGCUGGAGCACUGGCGGCAGAAGGCCAACGAGGCGCUGCGCCUACGGUUGCAGGCCGAAGAGGUGGCCCACAAGAAGUCGCUGGCGCAGGAGGAGGCUGAGAAGCAGAAGGAGGAUGCAGAGCGCGAGGCCCGCAAGCGCGCCAAGGCAGAGGAGGCAGCCCUGCGGCAGAAGGAGCUGGCGGAGGAAGAGCUGGAAAAGCAGCGGGAGCUGGCAGAGGGCACAGCCCAGCAGAAGCUGGCGGCGGAGCACGAGCUGAUCCGGCUGAAGGCAGAGAUGGAGAAUGGAGAGCAGCAGCGCCUGCUCCUGGAGGAAGAGCUCUCGCGGUUGAAAGGGGAAGUAAACGAGGCCAUCCAGAGGAGGAAAGAGCUGGAGGAGGAGCUGGCCAAGCUGCGGGCAGAGAUGGAGGUCUUGCUGGAGAGCAAGGCCAAGACAGAGGAGGAGUCACGCUCCAGCAGCGAGAAGUCCAAGCAGCGGCUGGAGGUGGAGGCCAACAAGCUGCGGGAGCUGGCCGAGGAGGCCGCUCGCCUGCGCGCCCUCUCUGAGGAGGCCAAGCGGCAGCGGCAGCUGGCAGAGGAGGAGGCCGGCCGGCAACGGGCUGAGGCUGAACGCAUCCUGAAGGAGAAGCUUGCGGCCAUCAACGAGGCCUCACGGCUGAAGGCAGAGGCAGAGAUCACGCUGAAGGAGAAGGAGGCAGAGAACGAGCGGCUGCGGCGGCUGGCGGAGGAUGAGGCCUACCAGCGCAAGCUGCUGGAGGAGCAGGCGGCCCAGCACAAACAGGACAUCGAGGAGAAGAUUGCGCUGCUGAAGCGCUCCUCAGAGAGCGAGCUGGAGCGGCAGAAGGGGCUUGUGGAGGAUACACUGCGGCAGCGGCGACAGGUGGAGGAGGAGAUCCGUGCCCUCAAGGCCAGCUUCGAGAGGGCCUCGGCUGGCAAGAGCGAGCUGGAGCGGGAGCUGAACCGCAUCCGUGGGGAGGCAGAGGAGGUGCAGCGCAGCCGGGAGCAGGCGGAGCAGGAGGCUGAGCGGCAGCGGGCACUGGCGCUGGAGGAGGAGGGCCGGCGGCGCGAGGCCGAAGAAAAGGUGCAGGCCAUCCUGGCGGCUGAGGAGGAAGCUGGGCGGCAGCGGCGGCUGGCCCUGGAGGAGGUGGAGCGGCUGCGGGCCAUGGUGGAGGAGGCGCGGCGGCAGAAGGAGCUGGCGGAGAAGGAGUCAGAGAGGCAGAUCCAGCUGGCACGGGAGGCAGCACAGAAGCGGAUCGCAGCGGAGGAGAAGGCACACCUGGCUGCCGUGCAGCAGAAGGAGCAGGAGCUGCUACAGACGCGCCAGCAGGAGCAGAGCCUCCUGGACCGGCUGCGCGAGGAGGCCGAGCGGGCCCGGCGGGCGGCUGAGGAGGCCGAGUUUGCCCGUAGCAAGGCCGAGCAGGAUGCCAGCUUGUCUCGGCAGCGCGUGGAGGAGGCUGAGCGGCUGAAGCAGCGGGCAGAGGAGGAGGCGCAGGCCAAGGCACAGGCACAGGCUGACGCAGAGAAGCUGCGGAAGGAGGCCGAGCUGGAGGCGGCAAAACGGGCACAGGCAGAGCAGGCAGCCCUGCGGCAGAAGCAGCUGGCCGAUGCUGAGAUGGAGAAGCACAAGAAGUUUGCCGAGCAGACACUGCGGCAGAAGGCGCAGGUGGAGCAGGAGCUGACCAAGGUGAAGUUGCAGCUGGAUGAGACAGACCACCAGAAGGGCAUCCUGGAUGAGGAGCUGCAGCGGCUGAAGGAGGAGGUGACAGACGCUGUCCGGCAGAAGGCCCAGGUGGAGGAGGAGCUCUUCAAGGUCCGGGUGCAGAUGGAAGAGCUGGCCAAGCUGAAGAGCCGCAUUGAGGAGGAGAACAAGGCGCUGAUCCUCAAGGACAAGGACAACACGCAGAAGUUCCUGGCGGAGGAGGCAGAGAAGAUGAAGCAGGUGGCAGAGGAGGUGGCCCGGCUGAGUGUGGAGGCGCAGGAGGCCGCCCGCAUGCGGCAGCUGGCUGAGGACGACCUGGCGCAGCAGCGGGCGCUGGCAGAGAAGAUGCUGAAGGAGAAGAUGCAGGCGGUGCAGGAGGCCACGCGGCUGCGGGCUGAGGCUGAGGUCCUGCAGAAGCAGAAAGAUCUGGCGCAGGAACACGCCAAGAAGCUGCAGGAGGACAAGGAACAGAUGCAGCAGCGCCUGGCUGAGGAGACCGAGGGCUUCCAGAAGACGCUGGAGGCCGAGCGCCGGCGGCAGCUGGACAUCACGGCUGAGGCUGAGCGCCUCAAGCUGCAAGUGGCGGAGAUGAGCAUGGCCCAGGCCAAGGCUGAGGAGGAAGCCAAGCGGUUCAAGAAGCAGGCGGAGGAGAUCAGUGAGAGGCUGCAUGAGACUGAGCUGGCCACACAGGAGAAGAUGACGAUGGUGCACACCCUGGAGAUCCAGCGGCACCAGAGCGAUGAGGAUGCGGAAAAGCUGCGUAAGGCCAUCGCUGACCUGGAGAAGGAGAAGGAGAAGCUAAAGCAGGAGGCGGCGCUGCUGCAGCAGAAAGCAGAGGAGAUGCAGGUGGCCCAGCAGGCUCAGCUCCGUCAGGAGACGCAGCUCCUCCAGCAGAGCUUCCUGACGGAGAAGGAUGCCCUGCUGCAGAAGGAGAAAUUAAUUGAGGAGGAGAAAUCGAAGCUGGAGAAGCUCUUUAAGGACGAGGUGAACAAAGCCCAGAACCUGAAGGCAGAGCAGGAGCGGCAGCAGCAGGAGAUGGAGCAGGAGAAGCAGCAGUUGAAAGCUAUGUUAGAUGAAGCCAAAAAGCAUCAGAAAGAAGCUGAGGAAAAUGUCCGGCACAAGCAGGAGGAGCUACAGCAGCUGGAGAGGCAGCGACAGCAGCAGGAAAAACUUCUGGAAGAAGAGAAUAAGAAGCUGAGGGAGAGGCUCGAGCAGAUGCAGGAGGAGUACAAGGCUGCCCUGGCCCAGAGACGGGAGAUCAUGAUCCAGACCGAUGACCUGCCUGGGGAGGCCGUGGUUACAACAACGCAGCUGUUGGACAUCAAGGCUGUGCCCAAUGGCCGGGAUGCAGUGGACGGCUUAGCCCAGAAUGGGGAGCCGGAGUUCGCCUUUGACGGCAUCCGGCAGAAGGUGUCAGCAGAGAAGCUGGCUGAUGCCGGCAUUCUGAGCAGGGAGAGCUUAGACAAGUUGGCGAAGGGUGUCGUGAGUGUGGGCGAGCUCUCUCAGAGGGAGGAUGUCAAGAAGUACCUGCAGGGCAAGAGCAGCAUUGCCGGUCUGCUGAUCAAACCCUCCAAUCAGAAGAUGAGCAUCUACGAAGCCAUGAAGAAGAAGCUGCUCAGCCCAGGCACAGCACUGGUGCUCCUGGAGGCACAGGCUGCUUCUGGCUUCAUCAUCGACCCUGUGCGGAAUGCAAGGCUCUCAGUGAACGAGGCGGUGCGAGAGGGAGUGAUCGGGCCAGAGCUGCACAACAAGAUGCUGUCGGCCGAGCGGGCUGUCACUGGCUACAAGGAUCCAUACACAGGUGACAAAAUCUCCCUGUUCCAGGCCAUGCAGAAGGAUCUCAUCGUCAGGGAUCACGGCAUCCGCCUUCUCGAGGCCCAGAUCGCCACCGGCGGCAUCAUCGAUCCUGUCAACAGUCACCGUCUGCCUGUGGAAGCUGCCUACAAGCGUGGCUACUUUGAUGAGGAGAUGAAUCAGAUCCUGUCUGACCCCACUGAUGACACCAAGGGCUUCUUCGACCCCAACACUCAGGAGAACCUCACCUACCUGCAGCUCAUGGAGCGGUGUGUGACUGACCCAGACACAGGACUGUGCCUCCUGCCCCUCACUGACCAAGCAGCCAAAGCUAGAGAGCUGGUCUACACUGACAAGGAAGCCAAGGAUGUCUUCAAGAAGGCCACAGUGACAGCACCGUUUGGCAAGUUCCAAGGGAAGACAAUGACCAUCUGGGAGCUCAUCAACUCUGAAUACUUCACUGAGGACCAAAGGCGGGACCUGAUCCAGCAGUACAGGACUGGCAAGAUCACGGUGGAGAAGAUCAUCAAGAUCGUCAUCACGGUUGUGGAGGAAAGUGAGAAAAAGAGCCAGAUGUGCUUUGAGGGCCUGCGGGGCCCUGUGCCCGCCGCUGAGCUGCUGGAGAGCAAGAUCAUCAACAAGGACCUCUACAACCAGCUGCACCAGGGCAAGAAGACUGUAAAGGAUGUGGCAGAGAUGGAGUCCGUACGGCAGUACCUGAAGGGCACGGAUGCCAUCGCUGGCGUCCUGGUGGAGUCGACUGGCCAGAAGUUCACCUUCUACGAGGCCCUGAAGAGAAACCUGCUGAAGCCAGAGGUUGCCCUGUCCCUGCUGGAGGCGCAAGCUGCCACUGGCUACAUCAUCGACCCUGUGGGUAACAAACUUUUCUCAGUGGAUGAGGCAGUGAAGGCUGAGGUGGUGGGGCCAGAGUUCCACGAGAAGCUGCUGUCAGCAGAGAAGGCAGUGACCGGCUACAAGGAUCCCUACACAGGUCAGACGGUUUCCCUCUACCAAGCACUCCAGAAGGGCCUCAUCCCCAGCGACACUGGGCUCCGGCUGCUGGAUGUCCAGCUUGCCACUGGUGGCAUCAUUGACCCUGUCAACAGUCACCGGCUCCCACUUGAGGUCGCCUACAAGCGCGGCUACUUCGACCGGGAGAUAAACAAGGUGCUGGCUGAGCUCCGAGAUGAUGCCAAGGCUUUCUACUGUCCCAACACCCAGGAGUACCUCACCUAUGCCCAGCUGCAGAAGAGUUGCCACCGUGACAAGCAGACUGGCCUGUGCCUGCUGCCCCUGUCUGACAAGGCAAUCCAGUCACAGCAGGAGGAGGUCUACACUGACAGCCAAGCCAAGGAGUGCUUCGACAAAGCAACCAUAGAGGUCCCAGUGGGCAGCAUGAAGGGCCAGACGAUGACCAUCUGGGAACUGAUCCACUCCGAAUACUUCACGGAGGAGCACAGGCGGGAGCUGCUCCGACAGUACAAGACUGGCAAAGUGACAAUCGAGAAGAUCAUCAAGAUAGUGAUCACCAUCAUCGAGGAGGCAGAGACCAAAAAGCAGGAGAAACUGACAUUCAGUGGUCUGCGGGCACCGGUACCAGCCAGCGAGCUGCUGGAGUCCUGCAUCAUCAGCAAAACCCAGUACGAGCAGCUGAAGGAAGGCAAGAAAUCGGUGAAGGACCUCUCUGAGACAGAUGCGGUGAGGAGAUUCCUGCAUGGCAGUGACUGCAUUGCUGGUGUUUAUGUAGAGGCCACCAAGGAGAAGCUGAACAUCUACGAGGCCAUGAAGAGGAACCUGCUGAGGCCCAGCACUGCUGUGGUCCUCCUGGAGGCCCAGGCAGCCACUGGGUUCUUGAUCGACCCUGUGAAGAACCGUAAACUGUACGUCAACGAGGCAGUGAAGGCUGGCAUUGUCGGGCCUGAGCUGCACGAGAAGCUGCUGUCGGCCGAGAAGGCUGUCACAGGGUACAAGGAUCCCUACUCGGGCGAUACCAUCUCCCUGUUCCAGGCCAUGAAGAAAGGGCUGAUUGUCAAGGAGCAUGGCAUCCGCCUGCUCGAGGCCCAGAUCGCCACCGGUGGCAUCAUCGACCCCGUGCACAGCCACCGCCUGCCCGUGGAGGUGGCCUACAAGCGUGGCUACUUUGACGAGGAGAUGAAUCAGAUCCUGUCUGACCCCACUGAUGACACCAAGGGCUUCUUCGACCCCAACACUCAGGAGAACCUCACCUACCUGCAGCUGAAGGAGAGGUGCAUUGAGGAUCCCGAGACGGGCCUGUACCUGCUGCCUCUGCAGGAGCCUGAGAAGCCGAAAGUGGUGGAAACCACCCACAUGUACACAGAAGCAGAGACACGGAAGGUGUUUGAGGAGACGCAGGUGGACAUCCCUGUGGGCAGCCGGGCAGGCUCCUCCAUGUCACUGUGGGAGAUCAUGCACUCGGACCUGCUGCCCGAGGAGCAGCGUAAACAUCUCAUGGAGGAGUUCCAGUCAGGCCGCGUGUCCAAGGAGCGCAUGAUCAUCAUUAUCAUCGAGAUCAUUGAGAAGACUGAGAUCAUCCGGCAGCAGAAUCUCACAUCCUUUGACUACGUCCGGCGCCGCAUCACAGCUGAGGACCUCUAUGAGGCCAGGAUUAUCUCACAGGACAUCUACAACCUGCUGAAGCAGGGCUCCAAAACCUUCCGGGAGCUCCUGGACAUGGAGACUGUCUGGAAGUACCUUUAUGGGUCGGGCUGCGUGGCUGGCAUCUACAUCCCCUCCUCCAAGCAGACGCUCAGUGUCUACCAGGCGCUGAAGAAGGGGCUGAUCAACUCCGAAGUGGCCCGCUCCCUCCUGGAGGCCCAGGCAGCCACCGGCUUCAUGAUUGACCCCACAAAGAAUGAAAUGCUGACCGUUGAUGAGGCAGUCAGGAAGGGCGUGGUGGGGCCAGAGAUCCACGACCGGCUCCUGUCUGCAGAGAGGGCUGUGACUGGCUACAGAGACCCAUACAGUGAACAGAAGAUUUCCCUCUUCCAGGCCAUGAAGAAGGAUCUCAUUCCCAGCGAAGAGGCCCUCAAGCUCCUGGAUGCCCAAAUUGCCACCGGUGGCAUCAUUGACCCGCACUUGGGCUUCCACCUGCCCCUGGAGGUGGCCUACCAGCGGGGCUUCAUCAACAAGGAGACGUAUGACAUGCUGUCGGAGCCCAGCGAGGUGCGCAGCUACGUGGACCCCUCCACAGAUGAGAAGCUCAGCUACACGCAGCUGCUGAAACGGUGCCGGAAGGAUGAGAACUCCCGGCUUCUCCUGCUCCCACUCUGCGACACACGGAAGCUCACCUUCCGGGGGCUGAGGAAACAGAUCACUGUGGAGGAACUGGUCCGUUCGCAGGUAAUGGACGAAGCCACAGCCCAGCGCCUCCAGGAGGGUCUCACCUCUGUCGAGGAGGUUUCUAAGAACCUGAAGAAGUUCCUGGAGGGCACCAGCUGCAUUGCUGGUGUCUUUGUGGACUCCACAAAGGAGCGUCUGUCUGUCUACCAGGCCAUGAAGAAGGGGAUCAUCCGGCCUGGCACUGCCUUCGAGCUCCUGGAGGCGCAGGCGGCCACAGGCUACGUCAUCGACCCCAUCAAGGGCCUCAAGCUGACGGUGGAGGAAGCUGUGCGCAUGGGCAUUGUGGGCCCCGAGUUCAAGGACAAGCUGCUCUCUGCUGAGAGGGCCGUCACCGGCUACCGGGACCCCUACACUGGAAAGCUCAUCUCCCUCUUCCAGGCCAUGAAGAAGGGUCUGAUCCUGAAGGACCAUGGGAUCCGCUUGCUGGAGGCGCAGAUUGCCACAGGAGGCAUCAUUGAUCCUGAGGAGAGCCACCGCCUGCCUGUGGAGGUGGCCUACAAGAGAGGGCUCUUUGACGAGGAGAUGAAUGAGAUCCUGCUGGACCCCAGUGACGACACCAAGGGCUUCUUUGACCCCAACACGGAGGAGAACCUCACCUACCUGCAGCUCAUGGAGCGGUGCAUCACGGACCCAGAGACUGGCCUCUGCCUCCUGCCUCUGAAGGAGAAAAAGCGGGAGAGGAAGACCUCCUCCAAGUCCUCCGUCCGCAAGCGCCGGGUGGUGAUUGUUGACCCAGAGACGGGCAAGGAGAUGUCCGUGUACGAAGCCUAUCGCAAGGGCCUCAUUGACCACCAGACUUACCUGGAGCUGUCAGAGCAGGAGUGCGAGUGGGAGGAGAUCACCACCUCGUCCUCCGAUGGCGUAGUGAAGUCAAUGAUCAUCGACAGGCGCUCAGGACGCCAGUAUGACAUCGAUGACGCCAUUGGCAAGGGUCUGAUUGACCAGUCAGCCCUGGACCAGUACCGCUCGGGCACCCUCUCCAUCACCGAAUUUGCUGACAUGCUCUCUGGCAACAUGGGCGGCUUCCGGUCACGGUCGUCCUCUGUAGGAUCCUCCUCCUCCUACACCGUCAGCCCAGCCCUGACACGGACCCAGAUCUCCAUGUGGACUGACCCGACUGAGGAGACUGGGCCAGUGGCGGGCAUCCUGGACACAGACACUCUGGAGAAGGUGUCCAUCACAGAGGCAAUGCGCCGCAACCUGGUGGACAACAUCACAGGGCAGCGUCUGCUGGAAGCCCAGGCCUGCACCGGGGGCAUCAUUGACCCCAACACCGGUGACAAGUGCACCGUUGCUGAUGCGGUCACCAAGGGCCUGGUUGACAAGAUCAUGGUGGACCGCAUCAACCUGGCGCAAAAGGCCUUCUACGGCUUUGAGGACCCGCGGACCAAGACAAAGAUGUCGGCGGCGCAGGCACUGAAGAAGGGCUGGCUGUACUAUGAGGCUGGGCAGCGGUUCCUGGAGGUGCAGUACUUGACGGGAGGUCUGAUCGAGCCCGAUGCCCCAGGCCGUGUCUCCCUGGAUGAGGCGCUGCAGAAGGGCACCAUUGAUGCGCGGACUGCCCAGAAGCUGCGGGAUGUCAACACCUAUUCCAAGUACCUCACCUGCCCCAAGACCAAGCUCAAGAUCUCCUACAAGGACGCCAUGGACCGGAGCAUGAUCGAGGACGGGACCGGUCUGCGACUGCUGGAGGCCUCCUCCCAAUCCAGCAAGGGCUACUACAGCCCCUACAACGUCAGCAGCGCCGGCUCCACCUCUGGAUCACGCUCGGGCUCUCGCACCGGCUCCCGCUCAGGCUCCCGGCGCGGCAGUUUCGACGCCACUGGCUCCGGCUUCUCCAUGACCUUCUCUUCCUCCUCCUACUCCUCCUCGAGUUUCGGGCGCAGAUAUGCGGGGGGUACCCAGGGCACCAUGGAGGUGGCUGCCCUUGCCCUCGCCCUGGCCGCAUCCAGAAGCUGCGGGUGGGAGGCGAGCAGGGAGUGCCCCGAGGUGCGUGGGCCCCUGUUCCACCUUCAGCCCCUGCAUCCCAAAGGAGGAGAUGACCUUGGCCCUGUGGUGCACCCCACUGCAGCCAAUGUGCCAGAGGAGGACAUCGCGGGCUCCUCGGCACUGGACGGCCAGACACACCAUGCCAGCCCUGAAGCUGCUGCCUGGACCCCUUCCACGCGCUCUCAGUGCAGCGAGAAGGGGGCUCUGCACCCCAGCCCCCGAGCUGCCCCAUCUCCCUGCCUUGGCCUCCCGGCACGUCCCCACCACCACGCCGUGGAGCCGGUGCCCCGACCUCCCAACAAAGACCUCCCAGUGCCGCUGGGCGAGCUCCUGAGCUGGGUCUCUGACAUCAGCAGGUCGUGGAUGGGCUCGAGGGGAGCCCCGGAGGCGGCAGCUGCUCGGCCGUGCUCACCAGCACAGUGUGGCUGGAUGUCCAUACCACCUCCCCUCAUCGCCGCCAUGGAGCCCGUCCCCCGCCCUGAGGCCGGUGGGACUGCACCUGAGGACACAGGGACAUCCUCCCUCACCCUUUGCACUUGCCAGAGUCCCCGGCCAGAGACUGGGGCCACAGUGCCCAAGCAGCCAAUGGCUCAAGAAGCAUCCACAGGGUCACCUGGCUCCCACCUGCCCCACACACUCCCUCCUCCCCGGAUGCACUGCGCUGCGGGAGACGCCGGGCUCACCGGAGAGAGUGUGGAGGGGUCGCCAUGGGACAGGGAGGAGAUGGAGAGGUACGGGCACCGCUGGGCACUGCCAGACGUGCCGUGUCGGGGGCUGCGGGUGUGCCUGGGCGUUUGCACCCUGGUGGGGGAGCUGGUGAACCCCACACAGCUCAGGAGCCUGGGCCAGCGCUGGCAUGGGGAGGGCGUGGGUUGGCUGUGCUGGGGCGAGCGGGGUGGGAGUGAGCACCGCCGUGAGCGCUGCACCUGUCUGCGGUCAGAGCAGAGACUAGAGGUGCAGGAGCAGCUGCUUGCCCUGCGGCACUGGCUGGACGCCGUAGAGAAGCGGCUACUGGCGCUGCCGGAGCCUGGCACGGCCUUGCAGGCGCGGAGCCGCAGCGGGAGCAGUGCAGUGGGGGCUGCCGGCAGCCCCUCCUCGCCGCCCCAGCGCAGCCCCUCGCCGGCUCCUUUUGUUCGAGGCCUGGCCGGCACACGGGCUCCCUCGGCACACAUGACGGCACAAACUGAAAGGGCCAUUCAUUCCGGCCCCGGCGCAGACAAAGCCGAGGCCGCACAGAAACCCACCCGGCUCCCGGGAUCUGAGGCUGUGGAUUCCAGCCGACCGCUCCCGCCCGGUGCCCCGCGCCGAGCUCCCCUGCCCGGGGCGCCCGUGCCACCCCGAGCCUGGUACCUGGGGCUGCGGAGCGUGCCGGGCGAGCUGCCGGCGGGCGCGUGGGACGGAGGGUUAACGGGGGCGGCGGUGUGUCCGGGGUCAGACCAGCCCCGCCGAGCCGGGCCGGUGCCGGUGCGAGGGUCUCCGCCCGGUGCCCCCCGCGCUCCCCCCGAGCCGCGGGCGCGGCGCACAAAGGCGGCGGAGCCGGGCGGCGGUAACGGGGACCGAGUCUCCCCCCGCUGCCUCCGCCCCGCUCCCCUGCACAGCCCGGGCCCCCCCGGAACGGUAACGGCGGCGGCGGCACCCCCGGCCCGGCCCCAUGGACGCCCGAAGUCGCCGAGGGGCCGGGAUUUGAGGCGGGGGCCCGGCGCCCGCGCCAUGGGGAACUCGGUGAGUCGGCCCAGCUGCCUGGGCGAGAAGAGCCGGCGGCCGGAGGAGCUCCUGCGGGAGCCCGGGCUGGACGCGGGGCAGCCAUCCGCCGGAGGCGACUCGGAGGCUUGGCCGGGGCUGCUGGAGAAGGCGCCGGUGCCGGUGGAGAACGGCUGGAGCCCGGUGCCCGGUGCCGUUCGGAGCCGGCCAGGCAGCCCCGUGCUGCGGCGCAGCCAGUCCGAGGUGGCGGUGCAGAACGGGGGUGCAGCUGGAGUUGCGGUGAGGGGGCAGGUGGGGGGCGCAGCCUGGACCCCCCCGCGGGGCCAGCGUUCCCCCAGCACCUGGUCCUGGAAACCUGUCACCACCCGGGAGGUGACAGAGGUGACGGAGGUGACUGAGACCAUCGUGACGGAGAUCGUGGAGGUGACCGAGUACCCGGCGGGUGAGAAGGGUGGCGAGCCCGUGGUCACCCGGACGGUCACCGUGCUGACGGAGUGCGUGGGGGAGCUCACUGCUGCUGGCUGCGCCGGACACACGGAUGCCACCGAGGUGUCCUCACGGUCUGUCCCUGUCCCAGAGGAGGCAGCGGACCGGGGCCAGGAGACGCUGGAGCGGCUGCUGGCCUGGGUGGCUGAUAUGGAGGAGUUGGUGAGCAACCAGAAGCCGCCAUCGGCGGAGGCGAAGGUGGUGAAGGCGCAGCUGGAGGAGCAGAAGCUCCUGAAGCGGCUGCUGGAGGAGAGGAGGCCGCGCGUGGAGCUCGUUCUGCAGGACAGACUGAUGGCACAGGGCUCUGGCACGGCAGCGCCCGAGGGCAAUGCCCGGCCUCUUCAGCUCGGGGAGAGAUGGGACAAGCUGAUGCAGGAGGCCGAAGCCAGGUAUGGCUGCCUGGAGCGGAUCCUGCCAGCGGCUCAGGGCUUCCAGGAGGCUGUAGACUCUUUCCAGGAGUGGCUCGGUGCCACAGAGCGGCAGCUGGCCCAGCUCUGGCGUGCUGACGGCUGCGUUGGCCGUGUGCAAGAUGCCCACCAGCAGACCCAGGCCCUCUGUGAGGAGAUCCGCGGGCGGCUGGGAGAGCUGGAUGGCGCCCUGGAGAGCGGGCAGCGGGUCCUGGAGAUGGUGACAGGGGAGGAGGCCCAGCUGACACAGGAGAAGAUGGAGUCACUGAGGAUGCGGUACCCUCAUUGUGGGCCAGAGCAGUGCUGAUACUCGCACCGGCUGGGGCAGACCCUGGAAGCCUCAUCUCGCCUGGGCACGGCCCCUGAGGACCUGGCACUAUGGCUGAGCCGCAUGGAGAAGGAGCUGGGCGAGCAGGAGAGCCAGCAGGAUGGCCAAGAGCCCUCAGUCACUGCCAGUGACAGGGAGAAGUUUGAGCAGGUCCUGGAGUCCCAGCUCACCCGUGUGGCUGGGCUGGGCGAGCGACUGGAGGAGAUUGGCCGUGUGCAGCUGGAUGCUGAGGCUCUCUGCUCGCAGCUCUCCGAGCAGAAGCUGCUCUCCGCCGAGAUUCUGCACUGCCGGGGCCUCGUUGAGCGUCUUCUGGGGUUCUCGGAGCCGCUGCUACGCUGCUGCCCUGAGCCCCUGCAGCAGCGCCUUCAGCGUCGGUGCAGGCGCUGCGGGAGAGCACGGAGCAGCUCUCCCUGCGCAGCGGUGCCUGUGCCGUGCAGCUGGAGCACGCCCAGUCCCCUGCUCACCCAGUUCUCCGAGGCCCUCGAGGAGCUGCUGCCCUGGCUGGAGGAGACGCAGGCCCUGGGGGUGCAGCUCUCCCCCAAUGCCAUCAGCUACGAGGCCUUCAAGGAGCAGCAGGCGCUGCUGCAGAGCCUGCGGGAGGCCAUUGCCGAGCACCGGCCGCUGGUGGGGAAGCUGCAGCGCGUGUCAGCGCAGCUGGUGGAGCUGAGCCCAGAGCAGGGAGCCCCGUUCCAGCGGCGCUGGCAGGAGGUGGAGGAGCAGUACGGCCACAUCCGCGAACGCGUGCGCCAGGCAGCGGCUCUGCUGGAGGAUGCCCUGCCGCGGUACAGCCAGCUGUCGGAGCGCAUGGAUCUGCUGCUGGAGUGCCUGGAGCGGCUGCAGAGCCGGCUGCAGAGCCAGCCGCCUGUCCGCGGCGACGCAGCCCACUUGAGGGAGCAGAUCCGGGAGAACAGCCUGGCCUUGGGCGAGCUGGAGAAGCUUGGGGUGGCCCUGGAGGGUGUCCGUGCACAGGGCGAGGAGCUGCUGGCCACCAUGCAGGCGGUCAGCUCCGACGCUGCGGCCAGAGGGAUCCAGGAGCGCACGGCACAGCUGCUGUCGCAGUGGGGCUGCCUGCGCGGCCGCUGCCAGGAGCAGGAGCGGUGGCUUCGGGAGCUGCUGGCACUGGCCGAGCGCUUCUGGCAUGGCCUGUCUGAGCUGGCCGUGGCGCUCAGUGACACCCAGCAGCUGGUGCUGGGGCUGGAGGAGGCUGGUGGCGAGCCUGAGGCCAUCCGCACGCGGCUGCGCACCAUGCAGGCACUGCGGGAGGAGAUCGACGCGCUGCAGGGUGAGCUGGACACGCUGGGCAGCCUGGGCGUGGAGCUGAUGGCCUCCUGUGGGGACCCUGACAAGCCCGAUGUCACCAAGAGCCUGGAUGAUCUCUACUCCUCCUGGCACAGCCUGAGCCGGGUGUGGACGGAACGGAAUGGGCGCCUUGAGGAGCAGCUCCAGGCCGCCCUCAGCUACCAGGACACGAUGCAGCGGCUGCUGGAAUGGCUGGACGCAGCCGAGCUGCGCAUCGCCGAGGAGUUCCUGGUCGGCGGGGACCUGGACAUGGUGCAGCAGCAGCUGGCGGAGCUCAAGGAAUUCAAGCGGGAGCUGUACCAGUGCAAGGUGGAUGUGGAGAGCCUGCGGCACCAGGGGGGCACGGGGCAGGGGGAUGCCCCGGCCACGCUCAGUGACUUCCGCCAGCGCUGGGACCACCUGGAGGAGGAGAUCGUCAGCCGACAGCAUCAGCUGGAGGCAGCGCUGCUGGGGCUGGGGCAGUUCCAGCACCAGCUGGCGGAGCUGCUGCAGUGGCUGAGCCGCACCGGGGAGCAGCUGCGCGGCCCCGCACCCCUGCGCCCCGACCUGCAGAGCUGCGAGAUCGAGCUGGCCAAGCACAAGGUGCUGCGGACCGACGUGAUGUCCCACGCCCGCACGGUGCAGUCGGUGACUGAGGCCGGGCAGGGGCUGCUGCUGUCCAGCCUGGGGGAUAGCGUGGAGGGGCUGCAACGCAGCCUCCAGCAGCUGGGACAGCACUGGGACCUGGUGCGCAGCGAGACCGAGAGCCGGCAGCUGGAGCUGGAGAACAACCUCAGCCAGGUGCAGGACAUCACGCUGGAAAUCACGGAGCUGCUGCAGUGGCUGGAGCAGGUGGAGCUGCAGCUCUUCUGCUCCAAGCCGGCCUGGGGCCACCCGGAUGCCACCAAAGAAAAGCUCAAUGCACACUUGGAGCUGUGCCGGGAGCUGGAGGCGCGGGCGGUCACGUACCGGGGGCUGCGGGAGCGGCUGCAGCGGCUCCUGGACUCGUGCCGCGCCGGCCGGCCCUGCAGCACCGAGCACAGCCUGCGGCUCCUGGAGCAGAAGUGGGAGAGCGUCCAGGCCGAGGCCCAGGAGAGGAAGGAGCGCCUGGCUGAGGGGCUGACGGUCACCACCGAGUUCCACGGCUCUGCGCAGGAGCUGCUGUGCUGGGUGGCCCACGCCGAGGAGCUGCUGGGGUCCCCCGCGCCCCCCAGCUUCGUCCUCGACACCGUCACCGCUCAGAUCCAGGAGCACAAGGCCCUGGUGAAGGAGGCAAAUGCCCACGGGGAGAAGCUGGGCAGCCUGGAGGCCGUGGCCGCUCGCCUGAAGGAUUUCAGCCGGAAGCAGGACGGGGCCGUCAUCCAGAACCUGGUGCUGGCGGCGAGGGAGCGCCUGGGCAAGGUCCUGCAGCGGGCGGCCGAGCGGGGGGCGGCGCUGGAGGAGGCCCGAAAACGCAGCAAGCAGUUCAGCGAGUCCCGGCGGCUGCUCCUGGACUGGAUGGACGAGGUGGAGCAGAGCCUGGAGGUACCGCAGGAUGCUGCCACCAGCCAGGAGGAGAUCAAGUGCCAGCUGGCUGACCACAAGGCGUUCCAGAAGGUGCUGCGGGCAAAGCGUCCGGUGUACGAGGCGACGCUGCGGAGCGGGCGGGCGCUGCGGGAGGGGGCCCGGCUCCCCCAGGACCUGCAGCCGCUGGAGGAGCUGCUGGGAGAGCUGAAGGAGCGCUGGGAUGCACUGUGCAGCCACGCUGCAGAGAGGCAGCACAAGCUGGAGGAGAACCUGCUCUUCUCGGGCAAGUUCACGGACGCACUGCAGGCCCUCAUGGACUGGCUGUACCGCGCCGAGCCACAGCUCAGUGAGGAUGUGCCCGUCGGAGGGGACCGGGACCUGGUCGGGGACCUCAUGGACAAGCACAAGGUGUUCCAGAAGGAGCUGGGCAAACGUGCCAGCUGCAUCAAGACGCUGAAGCGCUCGGUGCGGGACCUGACGCGCGGCAGCAGCAGCGUGGACUCGCAGUGGCUGCAGCGGCAGGUGGAGGAGCUCAGCACUCGCUGGGACCUGGUUUGCAAACUCUCCCUCUCCAAGCAAGCCCGGCUGGAGGCUGCACUGCGGCAGGCGGAGGAGUUCCACACCCUGGUGCACUCCUUCCUGGGGCGCCUGACUGAGUCAGAGAAGACCCUCAAGUACGGAGUCUUCCCCGAGGAGGAGGCGGCUGUGCAGGAGUGCCAGACCCAGCUGCAGGAGCUGAUGCAGUCCUUGCAGUGCCAGCAACUGGAGCUGGAGUGCAUCACCUCGCUGGGGGAGGAGAUCCUCACCACCUGCCAUCCCGACUCCAUCAUCACCAUCAAAUCCUGGGUUACGGUCGCCAAGAGCCGCUUCCAGGAGGUGCUGAGCUGGGCGCAGCAGCAGGGCGAGCGGCUGCGGGCACAGGCGGCCGUGCUGGCGGCUGAGCGGGAGGAGACGGAGCAGCUCCUGGACUGGAUCACGGCCGCCGAGGAGGCGCUGGGGCUGCGGGACCAGGAGCCGCUGCCAGAGGAGGCCGAGCAGCUGGAGGAGCUCAGUGCCCAGCACGUGGUGUUCAUGGAGGAGCUGAACCGCAAGCAGCCAGACGUGGAGAAGGUCACCAAGAGCUGCAAGAGGAAGCUGGCGGUGGAUCUGGGCCCCCCGGCAACCCGCCGACUGGCCACACGUCGCCGCAGUGGUGGGAAGGCGCAGGGCACGGCGGCGGUGCCGCUCGGGGGGCUGGAGCCCCAGACACCCCUCAUGGCCCAGCUCCUGCACCGCUGGCAGCAGCUCUGGCUGCUGGCCCUGGACCGGCAGUACCGGCUGGAGACGGCCCUGCAGCGCCUGCGGGAGCUGGAGGAGUUCGCACACUUUGACUUCGGGGUCUGGAGGAAGCGCUACAUGCAGUGGAUCAGCCAGAUGAAGUCCCGUGUCCUGGACGUUUUCCGCGGCAUCGACAGGGACCAGGACGGGCGCAUCAGCCAGCGGGAAUUCAUCGAGAGUGUCCUUGCCUCCAAGUUCCCCACCAACGUCCUGGAGAUGAAUGCCGUGGCCAGCAUCUUCGACAUGAACGGCGACGGCUUCAUCGACUACUAUGAGUUCGUCAGUGCUCUGCACCCCAACCGUGACCCGCUGCGCCGCUCUGCCGACGCUGAUCAGAUCCAGGACGAGGUGAACAGGCAAGUGGCCCAGUGCAACUGUGCCAAGCGCUUCCAGGUGGAGCAGAUCAGCGCCAACAGGUACCGGUUCGGGGAGUCGCAGCAGCUGCGGAUGGUGCGGAUCCUGCGCAGCACCCUCAUGGUGCGGGUGGGUGGGGGCUGGAUUGCCCUGGACGAGUUCCUGGUGAAGAAUGACCCCUGCAGAGUGAAGGGAAGGACCAACCUGAAGAUCAACGAGAAGUACCUGUCCUCAGACGUCUUCGGAGCCGCCGCCGCCACCAGGUGUGCGGGGAACCAGUCGGCCGCCUCCUCCAAAGUGCUGUCCCCGAGCCGCUCCAACUCCAGCCUCAGCCUCUACAGCAGCGCCUCGGCUCCCAGCAGCCCCCUGGCCAGGAAGUCGGUGCUGCGGAGGACGCGCUCCGGGGACCGGUGUCCGCGCUCCCGGGGCUCGGGGCUGCCCGACGGAGCCGAGCUGCACUUCAGUGCGGCUGAGGAGAGCCUGGCUGUGGCACCCCCAGAGCCGCCCGAAGGGUCCCCUCCGGAGCGCUGCAGCCCCUGCCGCUGACCCCUGCGCCCGCCCUGCGCCCGCCCUGCGCCCAGCACCCUCGGCCGGCCCCUCUCAGGACCCUCCUCCCCGAGGCUGGAGGACGGCGAAGCCGCGGCCGUGCCCCCCGCGGGUCUCCGGCCCGGCGCUGCGGCCCCCCGAGCGGGGCUGAGCUGUCUGUCCGUCACCGAUCCCGCCGGGGCCAAGUCCGGCGGAUAUGCAAGUAUUUCCCGACACACACCAAGCCCCCGGGCUCUGGUCUCCCGCCCCACGGCUCCACCGGGCAGCGCGGGGGAGUCUGAGCCCCGGUGCCCCGCUCCCAGUGCCCGGGGCUGUGGGACCAGCCAGGCACCCCCGCGCUGGGCCCUGUCCUUCUCCGUGCCGUCAGCUCAGGGUGGCUGCGGUACCCCCGGCGUUUGGCGUUGCUGACGGGGGUCCUCAUCCUGCCUCCCAUGCCCCGGCGGGAGGUGGCCAGGCUCGGUACCCGGGCACCAGGACCCCUGGCUGGGUGCCGAGCCCCGUUUCUGGUGCUAACCCUCACCCCUCGGCCUUCGGCGUGCGCGCACGGGCCCCCGGCUCUGGCCGCCCCUGCCCCGGCGGGGCGGGGGCUGCCACGGGUGGGGGUCCCUCGCGCCUGCCCUCCCGUCCUGCCAGCGGCACCGGCGGGCAGCGGGACCCCCGCCCUGCUGACGCAUGCUCGUGCCACCGUGCCACCCCGCUAACCGGACAGCAGUAGAGCUGAAUGUAACCCCGGCCGGGCCCACCCGCCGCCACAAUAAACUGUAGUGAGGUUCCUUUUUC